UUAGUGAGUACUGAGUGUGUAUUCUGCGAUAUCUGUGACUUCUGUCAUAUAUUUAUGUUAAUAUUAUAAUAUUCUGUCAUUUUGGUCAUUUGAUAUGUCGUCACAUUUUUUACAUUAUUAGUUUUGAUUUCAAUAUUUAAGAAACAAUAUCUUGCAGAUUAUUUUUUUUAGAUUAUCUUGUUUACUAUUUUUUUUAACAUUAAGUUGCAAACAAUAAUAGUGAAGAGAACUGCUGGAAUUUCUGAGAAUUGUUUUGGGAAAAAUUUUGCUGGUAUGCUGUGUCGUGAACAGAAAAUUUAAAGUAGCCGUGAGCUGGGAAUGCUCAUUCAUAAUUUGUUUUAUUAAUACAACAUAAAAUGGAUGUAUUUAUGCCAAUCGCAAUAUGUGUUAUUUUUUUGAUAUUAUUUGCAAUAUGUGGUUGGUGUUGUAAAAGAAAACGUGAAGGUACCGUGUAUGGACAAGGACCAAAUGUGACAGUAACCACUCAACACUCUUCUGCGGUUGUUGCGCCUCCAUAUCCUAUAGCUGAUCGACAUCCUAUUCCACAAACUUGCGGUCCAGCUGCUCCAGGGUUUGCAACACAUACUCCACCUUACCCUACACAUACACCUCACCCACAACCAGUGCUGACAUAUUACCCUCCACCAAUACCAAUAGGUAUUUCUCCAUAUCCUCCAACAGGUGGGAUAACCCAUUACGCACCUGCAACUGGUGGCACUCCAUACCCUCCAGGAGGAGCAACACCAUACCCUCCAGGAGGAGUAACUCCAUAUCCUCCAGGAGGAGUAACUCCAUAUCCUCCUGAUGGACACGGCAAUUAUAGUGCUAAUCCACCUCCUUAUGAUGUAGCAGUUUCUAGCCCACCAGUGCAACCACUUCCUGUUAAAGAAGGUUAUGGAAAACAGGCACCUUACAAUCCCAAUUACAGUUAAAUAGGUAAUGCCAGGUUGAUCGCUUUAUUGGUUUGUUACUUUUCAAAGACAGUGAGGUUUAUUCAUAUGUAACUGAAAUAAAGCCAAUACGUUCAGUUACAGUAAGAAUAUGUUAGAGUGAGUUUUGAUGUUUAUAUUUGUGUUAUAAAAACGUUUUAUUGAAAUAUUGUCCGUUUGUUUUCUUAUAUUGUCAAAACUUUUUAUAAAAUAAAUAACCUUAUAUAAUUCAGUGGAAUCAUGUAUAAUAGGAUUAUUUAAAAAUUUAUUAUUUUUAUAAAAUCUUUAAAUCAGUAAAGAUCUGAAAUGGCACAACUACAAGGAAACCUCAUUGAAGUUGGCAAAUUCCAAGAGUAUAAUGUAAAAUAUAUUGUAUAUUUGAGCAAAAAAUUGCCCUAACUUCCUUCAUUUCAGAAAUUAAGACAUUGCAUGUCUGUAGAAUAUCCAAAUUAAGACGAUUAAAAAUUUUUGUUACACCAUAUUAGCACUUUCUGUAACAAGUGCAUAAAUAUCUGGUGUUAAAGCCUAUUUCUUAUUUAAAAAAAAUAUUUCAUGUAAAAUUAUAGAGGACUUAGGUUUACAAAACCAAAAUUAUAUUCAUAUGAGAAUUGUUAGAAGUUAGAUUACAAGAUAUAUAGAUAAAUACAUAACUCCCUUCUGCUAUUAAUCUUACAGUCACAUCAUAUCAAUCAUAUAGAACAAUUUGUAACAAUGAAAAGAAAAUCAUCUUUGUAAAUUUUUACAAUAAUUUACAAAAUUAUGACUCAUUUUGAUCAGGAAAAAAUUAAUGUGCAGAAUAUAACUUUUAAAAAACAUUUUUGGUUUACAAAGGUAUGAACGUCAUGUUCCUUUCAUUGUAUUUGUGGUUGUGGAUUCAAACAUGUGAGCUCUUAUAUUGGUUGUUCUGACAAACAGCCAAUAAUCGCUCGUAUUUUCAAGUCCAUUAGAUUCAUUAACAAUCAAAGCAACACAGUAAAUGUGUAUCGCACACGUCAAAAGUUGCGGAUCAUCGAAAUCAGUUGGAGCUAAAGACUCUUUAUGUAUAUCUGUUAUAGGCGGUUUGGAAUGAAAUUAUUAAAGAAUUGUGGUAUAUUAAUUAUCAGGACAGUUUGGAGGCAUUCCUUGCAACAAAUGGAUAAAAUUUAAUCAGAAAAAUUAUGUAAGCUAAAAAUUGUUUAUUGCUAUGAUUUUGUAAAUAAAUCAUUAUUUUUAUUAUAAAAGUGUGGUUUUCUGAAAAAAAAAAAAAAUGGUAAAAAUUUCUUGCUAUCUGAAAUUCUCUGCCUUUAGUUUUUCAGAUUUUUCCCUGAUAUUGAAAUUACAGUAUACACUAUAUAUCUUGUGUAAGCCAUCCUAAUUAUUAUCUUAAUCUAACUUAAACGUCUCUAUAUAAAUGUUAAUAAAUAUACAAUAAGUUAAUUGUCCAAGAAGCAGCUUUUCAACAGGCUCUUAUUUCAUACGAAGGACAUUAAUUAUGUUUUUUGUAGUUAUUAUUAUUUAAAUUAUAUACCGUACAUAUGUAUGUUUUCUGAAUGUGAUAUAUUAAUAUGAAUAUAUAGAAUAUAAAGUUUAUUUUUUAUAUACGUUAAUUUUCUAAGACAAAUAUUUUUAUGUUAGUACGUACCUACAUGGGUUUAAGUUUUCGGACCUCGGGAAAUAUGAUGGGCAUUUAACUUAAAUUUCUUCUAUUCUUAAAAACUUAAACCUUACAGAGGCAAGUGAACACAUUUAGUUAUGUAUAUAUUGUUUAAACUUUGUAAGACUGUAUAAAAUAAAUAUUUUUUCCCAA